AUGUUCUUUAUCGACCACGGUACACCAGACGGCUGGACAAACCUCCACGGCUACGGCUGUCACAUUUUCAAGUGGGUAAACAAGGAGGGCAAGUUUGUCUAUAUCAAGUAUCACUUCCUAGCAGAGCAUGGCCGUCACGAUUUGACGCAACCCGAGGCCAUCCGCAUCUCUGGCGAGAACCCCGACUACUCCAAGCAGCAGCUUUGGGAGGGUAUCGAGGCUGGUAAAGAGUUCAAGUGGAAGGCUUAUAUCCAGGUCAUGAAGCCCGAGGAUGCAGAUGCCGAGAAGCUUGGAUUUGAUCCGUUCGAUGUCACAGAGGUGUGGCCCAAGGGACAGUUCCCUCUCCAGGAAUUUGGCAACUUGGUUCUCAACAAGAACCCGGAGAACUUCCAUCGUGAUGUGGAACAGGCUGCAUUCUCGCCUGGAAGCAUGAUCCCGGGUGUUGAGGACUCUCCAGAUCCGCUCUUGCAAUUCCGCAUGUUCUUCUACCGCGAUGCCCAGUAUCACCGUAUCGGAGUCAAUCUUCAUCAAAUUCCAGUCAAUUGCCCCUUCGCCGCAUCAUCGCUCUCAUCAAUCAAUUUCGACGGACAGAUUCGUGUCGACGCCAAUCACGCCGGCAACAAACAAUACACACCAAACUCCUUCACCGACAAGUUCCGCCCAGACGUUGCAGAAGCGCCCUACAAAGUUUCUGACAACGUGGUAUCCCGCAAAUCACACUACUACCACAAGGGCAAGUUGUCCGAGUACGAUCAACCGCGGGAGCUGUACAGGCGGGUCAUGUCGGAGCAGGACCGUGCGAAUCUUCACAGCAACACGGCGAAGAUGCUUUCGCACGUCAAUUACCCGAUCAUCGCCAAGCGAUAUCUGUCCCAGAUCUAUAAUGUCGCUCCAGAGUAUGCGACGGCUGUGUAUGACCUGACGAACUUCAAGUUCAAGGAGAAGGAGGGUGUGUUUGAGUUCACAGAGGUUGAGGAGCUCGCAAAGGAGGCGCACACCUUGAGCAAAACGAAGAAGUUCAGACCGGAGGAUGGCAAUCGCCUUACUGGCUAUGCCCCGGAAAAGCCUUUCUACCAGUUGUGA